UUGACAGGCAGGUAGGGUUCGGGCGCCGCCAUGUUAGGAGCGGAAGCGGAGUGAGUGAGUGGCUGCGGCUGAGUCUCAUCAGAGAGAGAGGCACUGGGCGGGCGCCCAUUUUAAGCCUCCGUGGGGAGCGCCUUGCUGCAGCCGUCUCCUCCCCUUCGCGGGGAGGAGGAGGAAGAAGGAUCCCGACCCUGCGGAGCCGAAGAAGUGGCACUUUGAAGAAGAAGAGGAAGAGGAAAAGGAGGAGGAAAAGGAAGAAGAAGAAGAAGAAGGAGAGUUAAAGAGCCAAGAUGCCUUUAGCGCAGCUAGCGGACCCUUGGCAGAAAAUGGCUGUGGAGAGCGCGGCGGAGAGCGCAGGAAACGCCGAGAAUGGCCAGCAAAUCAUGGAUGAACCUAUGGGAGAAGAAGAGAUAAACCCACAAACAGAAGAAGGCAAUAUUAAAGAGAUUGCAAUAACAUACCAUGUCAAAGAAGGCCAUGAAAAAGCAGAUCCUUCACAGUUUGAACUCCUUAAAGUACUAGGACAGGGAUCUUUUGGAAAGGUAUUCCUUGUCAAAAAAAUCUCAGGAUCAGAUGCCAGACAGCUGUAUGCAAUGAAAGUGCUAAAGAAAGCAACACUGAAAGUACGUGAUCGUGUUCGGACAAAAAUGGAGCGUGAUAUCUUAGUAGAAGUUAAUCAUCCCUUUAUUGUCAAGUUACAUUAUGCUUUUCAAACAGAAGGGAAGUUGUAUCUUAUUUUAGAUUUUCUCAGGGGAGGAGACUUAUUUACACGCUUGUCCAAAGAGGUGAUGUUCACAGAAGAGGAUGUCAAAUUCUAUUUGGCUGAAUUAGCACUUGCUUUAGAUCAUCUGCAUAGUCUUGGAAUAAUAUACAGAGACCUAAAACCAGAAAACAUACUACUCGAUGAAGAAGGACAUAUUAAAUUAACAGAUUUUGGCUUAAGUAAAGAGUCCAUUGAUCAUGAGAAAAAAGCAUACUCCUUCUGUGGAACGGUGGAAUACAUGGCACCAGAAGUAGUUAAUCGGCGAGGUCAUACACAGAGUGCAGACUGGUGGUCAUUUGGUGUGUUAAUGUUUGAAAUGCUCACUGGUACUCUACCUUUCCAAGGGAAAGACAGAAAAGAAACCAUGACUAUGAUUCUCAAAGCCAAACUUGGAAUGCCCCAGUUUCUAAGUCCAGAAGCUCAAAGUCUUCUCCGUAUGCUUUUCAAGAGAAACCCUGCAAAUAGAUUGGGAGCAGGUCCUGAUGGUGUUGAGGAAAUUAAGAGACAUCCAUUUUUCUCCACAAUAGAUUGGAAUAAACUAUACAGAAGAGAAAUUAGUCCACCAUUUAAGCCUGCAACUGGUAGACCUGAAGACACUUUUUAUUUUGAUCCUGAAUUCACAGCAAAAACUCCAAAAGACUCACCUGGCAUUCCACCUAGUGCUAAUGCUCACCAACUUUUUAGAGGUUUCAGUUUUGUAGCUAUUGCAUCCGAUGAUGAAAGUCAAGCAAUGCAGACAUCCAGUGGGCACUCAAUUGUUCAGCAGUUGCACAGGAACAGUAUUCAGUUUACUGAUGGAUAUGAAGUCAAACAAGAUAUAGGAGUUGGCUCCUAUUCGGUUUGUAAGAGAUGUAUUCAUAAAGCAACAAAUAUGGAAUAUGCAGUAAAGGUUAUAGAUAAGAGUAAGAGAGACCCCACAGAAGAAAUAGAAAUCCUGCUUCGAUAUGGACAGCAUCCAAAUAUUAUUACACUCAAAGAUGUGUAUGAUGAUGGCAAAUAUGUAUAUCUGGUAACUGAACUUAUGAAAGGAGGAGAGCUUUUGGACAAAAUCCUUAGACAAAAAUUUUUUUCUGAAAGAGAAGCUAGUGCUGUCCUUUUGACAAUAACAAAAACAGUCGAAUACCUUCAUGCACAAGGAGUGGUGCACAGAGACUUGAAACCUAGCAAUAUCCUUUAUGUUGAUGAAUCAGGCAAUCCAGAAUCAAUUCGAAUCUGUGAUUUUGGCUUUGCAAAGCAACUGAGAGCAGAAAAUGGCCUCCUAAUGACUCCUUGUUACACAGCAAAUUUUGUUGCCCCUGAGGUUUUAAAAAGACAGGGCUACGAUGCUGCGUGUGACAUAUGGAGCCUUGGUGUUCUUCUCUAUACAAUGCUGACUGGCUACACUCCUUUUGCAAAUGGUCCUGAUGAUACUCCCGAAGAAAUUUUGGCACGAAUCGGUAGUGGGAAGUUCUCUCUUAGUGGUGGAUACUGGAAUUCUGUUUCUGAUACAGCUAAGGACUUGGUUUCAAAAAUGCUUCAUGUUGACCCUCAUCAGAGAUUGACUGCAGCCCAGGUCUUAAGACAUCCAUGGAUUGUUCAUUGUGACCAGUUGCCUCAGUUCCAACUAAACAGGCAAGAUGCUCCACAUCUUGUAAAGGGUGCCAUGGCUGCUACAUAUUCAGCAUUGAACCGCAAUCAGUCACCAGUUUUAGAGCCAGUAGGCCGUUCUACCCUUGCUCAACGAAGAGGCGUCAAAAAAAUUACCUCAACUGCUCUGUGAAGUGACCUCAGCUGAAAAAUGUGGUACCAUAAUAAGAUGAUAGCACAAAUCAUGGCAACAGGUAGCACAUAUCCAAAGUACCUGCAAGCACACUGUUCCGUUUGGUACCUGUUAUGCUGCUGCUCCUGCUUUCAUCUUUUCCCCCCUUUAAACUCUUGAUGGCAGACUUUGCCCUUCAGAUGGAAUAUAAUGUGGAAUCAAUGGAAAAUGAACUGUUUGUGGAGACAAAGGAGGAUUCCAAACACUUCUCAUCUGUCACAUUAAAUACACUGAAUAAAGCACUUGGCACCAAUAACAUUAUUUUUAUAGGCAAUGUUUCUUCUCCCUUUAAAAUACUCUUCAUUACAUGUAUGGAUGGACAGUUUAUGUUAAGCACUUAGCUUAAACAAUAUGUUUAUAUUAGCACUGUAUAAUUUGUGCCAUCCAGCAUUUUAUAUGUUUUUUUAACUUUUCAUAACAGUACUCUUCUGUACUGCUUCCUUUUAAAUGCCUUCUAUUUAGAAUGAUCAGUUUUGAGAAUUAAAUCUGAUUAAAAUGCUUAAUCAGAAUGUUUGGACAUCUCUAAAAACAGCUUGACUGUUAAACAGCUAUUGAAUGUAAUUCUGUGAAUGUUUUUCCUUGCCUGUGUCUUUCCACAGACACUUUGUGGGAAGUAAUGGGAAACUAGAGCUGUUAUAACAUUUAAUGGCAUGAUAUGUUUCUCACCAUCACUCAUGCAGCCAACUCUGUACUGAAGCAAAAAAUAAUAAUUGUAUAUUUCCAUCAUGGGUAUCUUCUAUUGGACAUUGGAAACCAUUGCAAAAUAAUUUCACUUCAGUUCAUUUAACAUUGCUGCUUUAAUGUAGGGAAAAUUCCUACAACUGUAUUAAACAGCGAUAGUGUAGGAAACACUAUACAGAGCAUUGUUCAGUAAUAUGUAAAGUAGCAAGAAUUCUUUGUGUUCAGGAAAUCAUUAAUGGCAGGUCUGUUGCAUUUAGGCUGCUUUGUCUAUUUUCAAAACACAAUCAGAAGCAGAAUGAAUUAUGAGUUGAAUGGAAUGCACCCGGUAUCUUCAACCUAUUUCUGGAGAUUCUGCUGUCAAGAUUGGGCUCUUUGAUUAGCACUGCUAGUCUGUAGACCAGCACAUUUGUACUUAUGGUAUAUUAUAACAAUCUAAAGCCGCAAUCAAACAUAUUGAAAAAGACUAAAUCCCAUUGAACACAAUGGAACCUACUUCUGAACCUUCUUCCAUUUUCUGAGGAAGAAAAAAAUGUCCCUGUGCCCAACUUAUCAUUUUUAAUUGACUGGGAAUGUUUGUUUUUGGGAAAGUACUGAAGUUGUAUUAUGAAGAAUACAAUCUUGUGAAGAACAAUAUACUUUGGAUGGAUUAUCCCAGUGUUCUGCCAAAGAAAUUAUUUUUAUGUAAUAUUAUUUCUUCUUUGUCUUGUAUUUUGUCAAUUACUUAAUUUCACUGUAGUGUGAAAAAUUGAGCUGGAAGACAGAAACAAAAUAGGCAGUGAUUAGUAAUAAGCUUGCCUUUCCUUUCAACACUGAGUCUCACGGUUAGUCUUCCGUUUACUUUAGAUCAAUUUGUAGUACCCUCCAUUGCUUUGCUUCAUACUUUUGCCUUACAAGCUGAUGCAAAUAUUUUGACUUUAUUGUGUCAGGUUAUCAUAGCAUUUAUUUAUAACUGGUCUUUUAAAAAUCAAUAUAUAUUUUCUCUCAACAUCAGAGUAGAUUGCAAAUAUUCUUUUGCUUGUAAUUCCACUAGAAGCCACUAAGUUAGUCACCCAGGGGCCUUUAACUAUACUGUUGGUUAGUUGUUGUUCUGCGAUCCAGUUUUCUUCUGUUAUGUUUGAAAAUCUUUCAAAAUUAUUUUUGCAUAACAACUUCAUUGCAGUGGUAAUUCCAAAAUGAGUGGUUCUCUUAACUAUGACCUCACUGCUGUGAAUUUAAAAGAUAGUUGCUAAUCAUGAUGUUGAUUUUUCUGACCACUUUCUAGUGAUAUAGUAGUACUUCAUUCUCUGGGCACCAGAUACUUUUUAUUCCUCUUUCAUAUGAUUUGGAGUGUUCUUUGCAAAGAAUGAACAAUCCAAUUUUCUUGGUUGGAUUUUCUGAAUUUGGUUUAUAAAAUAUUGGAUCAAUACAUUAAUUUUCUCCCUCAUUCCAGAGUUUUUCUACAGAUUAAUAUUUUUAGCUCUACAGUAUGUAUCAUUGGUUAGAAUAUUCUUCAAAUGCUGGGUUCCCAGCACCAUAAUGUCUCUGAAGUUACCAUGAUCCAAAGAAUAACGAUACAAACAAACAUUCUGAUGUGUUUCCAGAUUUUUAAAGAAGCAAGCUGAAAACCUGAGCAUAUUUCAGAUGGUGUUACUUUCUACCAGGAUAAAUUUAAAGCAGCUCAAAGGAAAAAUACGAUUUCCUAUAGAAUUGGGUUCAUUCAAUGUUAUCAUGGAUGGGCUAGUUGUAAUUUCAACAUGCCUGUCAUAUUUUAAAAUUGAUAUAGAAAAGCUGAAACACUUAAGAGCUAUUGAAUAAGAUUGAAAAUUUUGCAAUUCAUUUUCUCCUUCUGGAGAAAAAUAAAAUAGGUUAAAGGUCAUUGUUCCCUUAUUAGUGAAAACUAAGCAACAAUAAAAUGUAAUCUGGGAAAAAAAACCUUGAGAAAACAGUUAUUUAUUAUAAUAUAACCUCUUGUUCUUACCAUCUGUGUUCUCAGAUUUUAGCUGCACAUUUUCAUGGGAAAUGAAUCCAGCCUAGUGUGAAGGAAGUUCUUUUUCAGGAACUGCUUCCUCAUGGAGGCAUUUAUUUUAUCAGAUGAUUUAAAGGUGCUAGUCCUUUUACACUUUGCUGUUUCAAUAUGAUCAUAAUUUUGUUUCUGUAGAUAGAAGUUCCUUGUUUUGCAUUCAACUUCUCUCAAAAAAGAAGUCUGGCAUUUAAAUUAUUACAAUACUUUUAAAAUGUUAUGUUUACAAAACAACAUUGCACAUUUAGAUUCAGGCAUAGCCAUUCAUAUGUUCUUCACUUGGACUUUGUGUCAACCAGUUUCUAGUCCAAUUUCACUUAGGCUGUAAUCUGAAAUACAGUACAUGUAUUGGCAGUAAGCCAUGGUGAAUACAGUAGGAUUUACCUUUGAAUAAACAUGCAGUCAGAUUAUACUGCAUGAGUUCUUCUUUCAUUGAACAUUUCCAUGUGACUGAAGAAAAAUGUGAAUUCCAUCUCUAGUUAUCUUAACAACUGUUUUUUCUCACACAGAUAUGAAGACUUCCCCCUGUCUGAUCUCUUCUUUACAGUCCAGCUUUUUGUUAAAUGUUCUGUAGCAAUAAUCUUGACUUCUUUCAAACAACAUAUUCCUUAAGAAGUCCAGCUUUUCUUUGUUUUGUGAUCAUGUAUUAAUAUGGAAUGGAUAAAAUUUUCAAUGUUCAUUAAAUGUCUUAGCUUUUGGUCCUGAACAUUACGAGCAAUGAUCAGGAAAUCUCAUUUUCUAUAAAACAAUCCUAUAACCAAGAAAAACACAUUUAACGAAACCCUUUGGCUUCAUUUUACUUGUCGCUGUAUUCCCAGCACAUUCAGGAAGCUAUUUAAGUAUAUAACAUUAGAUAAAGUUUAUACUGUCUCUUAAAAGUGAUUAAAAUGUUUAUAUAAUGUUUUUUCCUUGCCCGCCAUUCCUUGGGUCAGCCUUCUGAAACAUUUAAAACUGAUGUACUAUAAGAGAAAGUACUACAAUAUGGGGAAAACAGUUUUGAAAUGACUAAGAGUAAUAACCACUGUUACCACUUUGCUACAUCUCUCCUCUGGUAGCCUGAAAAAUUAGUAUCAAUGCAUACAGUACAAAAAACAAAAUAAUGAAAAGAAAUCCUGUGUUUCCUAGGCAGAAAUGGAUUUUCAAGCAAGAUCAGUGAUGGAUAUGAAAGAAUAAUUCCAAAACGUUUUAGACUGCUGAUUCAUCCAUGGUUUCUUAAAUAUAAUUUAGAAAGAAAUGUGCAAAUGGAUCUUGUAGCACCUACAAAAUUGUUUCUUAGAAAUAAUUCACUGAGAAGAUAUCCUGAUACUCUUCUUUAACCCUUUCAUGGGUUGUAACUUAGACAAGUAAUUCUUACUUUAUUUUCCUAACUGUGGUAAGAGAAAAGACAUGCCAACAAGAGAUUCAGUCUUGGCAGUUUUAAGCCAGAAGAUUUAUUUAUUACCACUUUGAAUUUUCAUUCAGGCUCUAUUAUUUAACAUUUUAAAAGCUGGCAUGUUCUUGUCACUAUGAAGAACAUAUUUAAAAUGUCUUGCCAUCUGAAAGGAAAAAUUUAAUCAGCCUUUGCCAUCUCUGAUAAUAGAACACAAAUGGCCAAAAACAACCAAUCUAUGACAGGUUGUCAGGAGCAUAAGUUUAAUUAAACAAGCCACUUUCCUGACCAGUAUUGGGGGCUUUUGAUGCUUCUUAUUCUUACUACUCCUAUACUUUUUCUAGAAACCAUGAAAUGUGAAGUGAACUGGAAAGGGAGAAAGGUUUUAGGGCUGCAGUUAGAUGGCUAGCAAAGUAUAAUAAAUGAUUUUAUGUUUUCAAGACCGGGGCAAAAGAGAACGGAUUUGCUUCACUUGCCCUAGUUAGAUUAGCUGUCUUGCUUAUGAAGAGUAAACUAGUGAAAGUUUAAAACUGAUUUUAAAUUUUAAAAAAUCAGGGUAUAAAGAAAUGUAGGGUUUUUGGUUACUGUAAAUGUAGUAGAUCAACUAAUCACUGCUUUCCUGAUAAUGAAAUGAAAGAGUUAAGGUAUGCAAAUCCUUCAUAGGCGAUAAUGAAUAGCUUUUAACUCAUGAAAGUAAUGUAUAUGAUUAGCUUUAUCUUGAUAUGUCUGACCUAAUCAAAGGGAAAGUGCACUCAUUGAGGGAUGUAAUUAUUUUACAGUUCUAGUGAAAGGGUGGGGUGGGGUGUGAAUCUACAUAAAGAGAUUUUUUUUUUAAUAUCAGAAAAUAUUUUUCUACAGUUCUGUACAAUCAUUCUUUAUAUUGACUUCUUCAGCAUGGCAUGCAGAUCUAAGAUACAGUGACAUGCAUUUGACUGUGCUGUAUCUUUAGAGUAGAUGAUUAAAAUAGCAUCUAUCAGAUGCUUUUAUUAGCAUCAUGGAAUUGAAAUACUGGUUGUGUUAUGUGUCAUCAAGUUGACUUUGACUUAUGGCAACCUUGUGAAUGAAAGACCUCAAAAGGCUAAAAUGUACUGAAUACCUUGCUUUACUGAGAGCUGUUUAUGUUUCCCAGAAUACAGUACUGUAUAUGUGUAAUCAGAAUUGUUCCAGACAUAACCACAGAAGAGCCUGGAAAAUUACUAUUGCGUGUAUCCUUGUCAAAAGGCAGGUUUUGUACUCUUCAAAAGAAACUGAAUUUAUAGAGCAAGUAAACUUUUAAAAAUA